GCAGCCAAUCAUAGAAUUGGUAUUUUUGAAAGAAAAAGAAGAAAUAUUCUGAACAUUCUAUAAAUGACAACUCACGUACAUUGACAACAAUAAUAAUAACAUAACCUCACACUUAAGAUUUCAAGUCGAGUUGCUAUUUAUUAAUUGAAAGGAAAUUUCGAUAAUGACGGACGUUGAAAUCAAUUGGCCCUGGCAAUAUAACUUUCCACCUUUCUUCACACUACAGCCUACCGCACAAACAAGAUCGAAACAAUUAGCAGCAUGGAAAACGCUUAUAUUGGACUAUUGUCGACAGACCAAAACUUACACACUUGAUGUUAGGGAAGCAGUAGAUUGGCCCCUAUUUUACAAUUCUACCAUAAAUCGGAGGUUGAACUCUACUGUAAUAGUUUCUGUCUUGUCUGAAUUAUCCAAGAGUUCGAAUUGUGCUGCAUUGGACAAAGCGAAAAAUAGAUGGGAAAUAUAUUGGCAUACAUUGGAAGAGUGGGCUUCUAUGAUAUAUGGUUAUAUAUGUGAUUCGGGAUUGCAAAAUACUGUUCUCACGUUCUAUGAAUUGACAAAUGGUACAGAUGUCCAAGAGCAAGAAUUUGCGGGAAUGCAAACUGAGGUUCUGAUCAAAGUUUUAAGGGUUUUAGAAGAUGAGAGAAAAUGUGAAUUGAUUUUGUCUGAUGAUAUGCAAGGAGUGAAAUUUUUUUAGGUGGUGCUAUGCGAAGAAAUAUACUUUAUUGAGGUUAUCGUUCGUGUUAUAUAUAAAUAAAGAAUUGUAUACUGA